CGGAAAUUAUAAAAAAGUCACGCGCCCGUUUCUCUUCACGCCUUUGGCGCGCACUCACUCUCUCUCCCUGCCUCUCUCUUCUGAGAGAAUCGGAAGUACGGAAAAAUUGCAGCUUUUUCUAGGGUUUCUCUUCUUCAGCUCCAUGUCUUCUACAGCAUCCCCAGCGAAUCCCUUGAAACGGCCCCUCGAGGACGGAGGACCCAUGGCGCCUGCGAAGAAACCAGCAGUCGCCGAGUCUCCGAGGGAUUUCGAUCCCAGAAGUUACCAAAUCAAGGUCCUCCAAAUCGCAUUACGGAGGAACACGAUUGCAGUGCUUGAAACCGGAGCAGGGAAGACAAUGAUUGCAGUGAUGUUAAUGAAGGAGGUUGGAAAAGCUAUGAAAGUUAGCAAUGAUAAUAGGUUGAUUAUUUUCAUGGCACCGACUGUUAAUCUUAUCAAUCAGCAAUUUGAAGUAAUAAAAACCCACACAGAUUUCAAAGUUGCGGAGUAUUACGGAGACAAGGGAGUAGAUAACUGGAGUGCUCAAUCUUGGGAGAAAGAAAUCAGCACACAAGAAGUAAUGGUUAUGACACCUCAGAUUUUAUUGGACGCUUUGAGGAAUGCUUUUUUGACCCUAGACAUGAUCCGGUUAAUGAUAUUUGAUGAAUGCCACCGUGCUAGUGGAAGACAUCCAUACACAAGAAUAAUGAAGGAGUUUUAUCACAGGUCUGGACGCAAGCCAAGUGUCUUUGGAAUGACUGCUUCUCCUGUUGUUAGAAAAGGUGUGUCAUCAGCCAUGGAUUGUGAGGAUCAAAUAGCUGAACUUGAAAGCAUCUUGGAUUCAAAGGUUUGUACAGUGGAGGACAGAGCUGAAUUAGAACUCUUUGUUCCAUCAGCACAGGAAAUUAACCGAUACUAUGACACGAACUUGUCACUUCAUGAUGAUCUGAAGGCAAAGCUGGAUUCUUCAUGGGCCAAGUUUGAUGCUGUGGUGGCUAAUAUGCAAGAUCUACUUCCAAAUCAGUUUAAAGACACUGAGGACAUGAUCAAGGGAUUGAGAAAGCGAUUGUCCAGUUUUCAUGCAAAGAUUUUGUAUUGCCUAGAUGAUCUUGGCCUCAUCUGUGCUCAGGAGGCUGCUCAAGUCUGUAUGGAAACGGCACGUGUUGCAAACCUUGGAGAGGGAUAUGAUUUUUCUAGAUCAAGUUUUGUUCAGUGUAAAUGCUUUCUUGAGGAAGUGUUAAAUAAAAUAGAAGAAACUUAUCCACUUGUCAAUGGAGAUAUUUUGAAGGCAGAACCAGGCUACGUAGAGGCAGUCAAAAUGGGCUAUGUAUCUCCUAAGUUAUAUGAACUAAUGCAAAUUUUUCAAUCAUUUGGGGGAUCUAAGGAAGUACUAUGCCUGAUUUUUGUGGAAAGAAUAAUAACAGCUAAAGUAAUUGAAAGAUUCAUGAAGAAAUGUAGUAAUUUAUCGCAUUUCACAUUUUCAUAUUUGACUGGAGGGAAUUCAUCAAUCGAUGCACUUACACCAAAAAUGCAGAAGAACACUUUGAAUUUGUUCCGUUGUGGGAAGGUGAACCUAUUGUUCACUACUGAUGUGGCCGAAGAGGGAAUUGAUGUGCAUAACUGCUCCUGUGUGAUCCGUUUUGACUUGCCAAAAACAGUUCGUAGUUAUGUCCAAUCACGUGGGCGAGCUCGGCAACAUGAUUCUCAUUAUAUCCUUAUGCUAGAAAGGGGAAAUAUCAAGCAAAGGGAUGUGUUAUUUGAUAUUAUUAGGAGCGAGCAUUCUAUGGCAGACACUGCCUCGAAUAGAGACCCUGAUGCAAGCAUUUCUAAAGUUUGUCGCCAUGAGGACAUAAAUGCAUAUUCUGUUGAGUCAACGGGAGCAACGGUUACUCCAGAUUCUAGUGUUAGUCUCAUCUACAGAUAUUGCGAGAAGCUCCCUGGAGAUAAGUACUUCACUCCGAAGCCAAAAUUUGAGUUUGUUCUUUACGGAGGUUCUUAUGAGUGCACAUUAACUCUACCUCCUAAUGCGGCUUUUCAAACUAUAGUCGGUCCUACAUGCCGAGGUUGUCACUUGUCAAGGCAGCUUGUAUGCUUAGAUGCUUGUAAAAAGUUGCAUCAAAUGGGUGCACUUGAUGAUCAUCUUCUCCCUUCAGUUGAAGAGCCUUCAGAAAGUGAUCUCAUUCACAAGAAUACAGAAUCUGCUUCAGGUGCAGGAACAACGAAAAGGAAGGAAUUACAUGGCACAACGACUGUUCAUGCUUUGUCGGGAAAUUGGGCACACAAAACUGAUGGUGUCACCAUGCAUGCAUAUAAAAUAGAUUUCGCCUGUGAUCUUGUCAGCGAACAUUACUCUGGAUUUGUACUUCUAAUGGAGACAAAGCUGGAUGAUGAUGUGGCAUGUGCAAAAGUGGAUCUUUACUUGGUCGACAAGAUGGCCAAGUCUUCUAUUUUUCCAUGUGGACAAGUCCACUUGGAUUCAGACCAGGUGAAGAUUUCAAAACUGUUCCAGGAAUUCUUCUUUAAUGGAUUGUUUGGGAAGUUAUUUAUUGGAUCCAAAUCAUCUGGAGGACAAAGGAAAUUUUUACUUGAGACGGAAAAUAAUUCAUUAUGGAGCAGUAUGAAUAUGUAUCUGCUUUUACCUCUCGAGUCAUCAACUAUCUCAAGUCAUGAAACUUUGAGCAUCAAUUGGAAGGGAAUUAGUUCGUGUGCUUCCAUAGUGGAGUUUAUGAACACUAGGUCCUUGGUUGGUGCUGAUUCUUGUUCCACUAGGAGCAUGGAAAGUUCAUCAUCUAGUAGCACUAGUUUAUCUAAAAAUGAAGAGAUCCACUUUGCUAACAAUUCUGUUGAUAUUCACGACCUUCAAGACAUGGUGGUUAUGGCCAUUCAUACGGGGAGGAUUUAUUCAAUUCUUGAUGUGAUGAUUGAUAUGUCCGCUGAGAGUCCAUUUGAUGUGACUUCUGAAACCACGCCAUCGAGUUUUGCUACCUUCAAGGACUACUUCAACAAGAAGUAUGGGGUUGUGCUUCAGCAUCCUGGACAGCCCUUGCUGUUGUUAAAGCAAAGCCACAAUGCACACAACCUUCUUUCUUCAAAAUCUAGAUACGAAGGUGGUCCGGCCAGUAGGAAAGCCCGUCAGAAGGAUUGCGACACGCAAGCAGAAAAGCCACUAUGCCAUGUCCACAUGCCUCCAGAGCUUUUGGUCAUCAUUGGUGUACCAAUAAGUGUUUUAAAGUCAUUUUACUUGCUACCUUCAUUGAUGCACCGAUUGGAAUCCUUGAUGUUGGCCAGCCAGCUUAGGAAGGAGAUUGCCUUUCAUUCCAGCAAUUGUGAUAUAUCAAGUCUUCUGAUUCUGGAAGCAAUUACGACUCUAAGAUGUUGCGAGGACUUCUCUCUGGAGCGUUUGGAACUGUUGGGGGAUUCUGUGUUAAAAUAUGCCGUUAGCUGCCAUCUCUUUCUGACUUAUCCUAAGAAGCAUGAAGGACAAUUGUCCGCCCGUAGAUCGUGGGCUGUUUGUAAUUCAACCCUCCAUAAAUUGGGAAUCAAUUGCAAGUUACAGGGCUAUAUAAGGGACAGUGCAUUUGAUCCCCGUCGUUGGGUGGCUCCUGGUCAACGUUCGAUACGUCCUGUUCCUUGUCGUUGUGGAGUUGGGACUUCUGAAGUGCCUACUGAAAGCAAAUACGUAACUGAAGAUACUUCAGUUGUAGUUGGAAAGGCUUGUGAUCGUGGACACAGGUGGAUGUGCUCCAAAACUAUUUCUGAUUGCGUCGAGUCACUGAUAGGAGCUUAUUUUGUUGCUGGUGGCUUGCGUGCUGCCCUUGUGUUGAUGAAAUGGCUGGGUAUAGGUGCUGAAAUAGAUCUGGCAUUGGUUGAAGAAGCUACAAGGACUGCAGCUCUGUGGUGUCAUGUUCCUAAAGUUGAUGAGAUUGAAACACUUGAAUCAAAACUCAGCUACAAGUUUUCAGUCAAGGGUCUUUUAUUGGAAGCUAUAACACAUGCAUCUCAGCAAGUAUUAGGAGCUGGCUACUGUUAUCAGCGACUUGAAUUUCUGGGUGACUCCGUGUUAGACCUACUUAUUACAAGAUACCUCUUUCAAACCCAUGAAGACAUUGAUCCAGGGGAGCUGACUGAUUUACGUUCAGCUUCUGUGAACAACGAAAAUUUUGCCCAAGUAGCAGUGCGGCAUAACUUUCAGCAGCAUCUGCAGCAUGAUUCUGGAUUUUUAUUAGGACAAAUAAACGAGUACGUGAAGGGUCUGGCGGAAGCGAAUGGGAGUAAGAACUUGAGCUUAUCACUUGGAGGAUCUAAAGGACCAAAGGUUCUUGGAGACAUUGUAGAAAGUAUUGCUGGAGCAAUACUAAUAGAUACUGGGCUUGAUCUUGAGAAAGUCUGGGAAAUAUUUGAACCACUACUUUCUCCUAUUGUAACACCUGACAAGCUUGAAUUGCCCCCGCUGCGUGAAUUAAUUGAGUUAUGCAGUCAUCUUGGGUAUUUUAUUAACACAAAACUUACUAGUCAAGAAGAAAUGGUAGUUGCUGAACUUGGGGUUCAGCUGAAGGAUGUCCUAUUGGUGAGAGAGGGACGCGAAAGAUCCAAAAAAAAUGCAAAGGGACAGGCCGCUCUCAGUUUAUUAAAAGACUUGGAGGAAAGAGGGCUUUCACAUGCUCGAUAUGUAUCAAAACGGAAGCAUGAUGAAGCCAAAUUGGUUGGUGAAUGUUCUCGUGAUGUGGAUGCCAAUAUCUCCAUGCUGCCAGAACAAGGAUUAAUGGGAUCAAGCUCAUCUAAAAAGCAAAAGAUGUCUAAAAGUGUAUCUCCUGUUGAACCAUCUGUAAAUACGUCCUCUUCUGAUCACGGGAAUGGUUAUUCCAUGAAAGCGUGCGAUGCGAAUCUCAAUGCACCAGUGACUUUGUCGGUUAACAUGGAAAAAGGAGGCCCAAGAACAACCCUAUACCAGCUCUGCAAACGGCUGCAAUGGCCCAUGCCAAAGUUCAACUCUACAGAACAGAAGCACAGAGAAGGGAUUGAAGCAAGCAAUGGGAGAAAGGGUUUCAGCACUUUUGUAUCUAAGAUAAUCUUGCAUAUCCCUAAUGCUGUCGUUAUUGAACUGAUGGGAGACCCUCGGGUCGAUAAGAAGAGUUCACAAGAUUCUGCAGCACUCAUCAUGCUAUAUGAACUUGAGAAGCAGGGAAGAUGUAAAAUCAUCUGCUUAUGAGAGGUGGAAACUAUCUAUCAUUCUUUCAGGGCCUUCUUGUCUUACACCAAAUAUUUAUUGACCAGUACAGGCUCAAGCCAUGUAAUAGGUAGAGUUCUUUUCUUCUUCUUCUUCUUCUUUUUAUUUUAUUUUAUUUUAAUUUUUAUGGGUGUUACACCCUCUUUAAUUAUGCUAGGUUUCAGCUUUUAUUUCCAUGUGAGAUGUAAGCACAGAUAACUGGUUUUGAUACUGUAUGUGUAGCUUUUGCUAUGAUGUAUAUAUGUGCAGCUUCAAGGGCCUUUUGAUCA